AUGACUCUUAUCAAAUCAAUUUCAUUGUUGGGUAACUCAUUCUCUGGUUUGGAAAACAGUUCCUCUUCAGACAUUGCUGGAUCCGCUGGUAGUGCAUCUAUUGAUUCCUCCAACCAAGAGCAAUGUUUCGGUUGGGGUAGAAGAAGAAGAACUACCAAUGUUAUUUUUGGUGAUGUUAAUGUCUUUGGUGGUGGUAGUUGUUGUGGAGGUUGUGGUGGAUUCGGUCGUGGUUGUGGAGAUUUUGGUUUCUAA